AUGUUUGACCUCGAGAUCAUGAUCGCCAUUGGGAGCGCCUUACUGAUUACAGCUUUCGUGCUCAUAGGCGUCGUCAUCUGGCUUUACUACAAAGUAGCCAACACGUUAAAUGCUGCAAAGACACCCAUUGCUACGGCCAUUACCUGUAGUGAUCAAGAUAAGGUCACCGAAGCUGCAACCUCCACCCCCGAGUCUUACCCCAGCUUCCGGUGCUGUGAAGAAUGUAACUUUCCUGCCAACUUUGAUCCCCUGACAUCGUGCUUCUGUGACAUAAACAAGGGACUCAAUACAGAAUGA